AUGUAUGCUAUAGAGGAGAUCAACAACAGCACAGAGCUUUUACCCAACAUUACUGUAGGAUACCGUAUCUAUGAUGCAUGUACCAGUGAAGCAAUAGCAUUAACGAGCACUUUCAGCUUAUUAUCUGAGGAAGAAACUCCAGCUCUCAACUAUAUCUGUCAACUUGAUCAGAAGUUGGUGGCAUUUGUUGGCCACUUGUUAUCGUCUAUAACUUACAUCACUGCAGAAAUCACUCAGCUGUAUGGAUACCCUCAGAUAAGUUACGGAGCUCUGGAUCCCGUGUUUAAUGACCGUGUCCGUUUUCCAUCCAUUUAUCGUACAGUUCCCAAUGAGUAUUCCCAGUUUAGAGUUAUCAUCAAAUUACUGAAGCACUUUGGCUGGACUUGGGUGGGAAUCAUUGCAUCAGAUGAUGACAGCAAUCGCCAAGCCAGUGAGGAGCUGAGAAAGGAAAUGGGGAGAAAUGGAAUCUGUGUGGAUUUUCUAAAGGUUAUCUUAAAUUCUGAAAUGGAAAACAGUCUGGAGGAAGUUACUGAAGUCAUAAAACGUUCUUCCCUAAACUAUUACCUGAAAAACAUUCAUAUGAAAAUGGCAUCUGGAGAGGAAAUAUUUUUCACCAAGGAUGGAAAUAUUCCAGGGAAGUUUGAUAUUCUGAACUGGGUUAUUUAUGGAAAUGGAACGAUCAAGAAGAUCCAUGUGGGGAAAUUCUUUCCAACUACAGAUUACCUAGUUAUCCACGAGAAGGCAAUUACCUGGGGCCAUUAUUUUCAAAAGAUGUUAAAGAUUCCAACAUCAUUCUGCACACAAAAGUGUUCUUCUGGCCAACGAAGAGCUCAUCAGAAUGGGAGGCCACCAUGCUGCUUUGACUGUGUUCCUUGUUCUGAAGGGGAAAUUUCAAAUUCUUCAGAACUGGAAAUCUGUGUGAAAUGUCCUGAUGAUCACUGGUCUAAUCCCACUAGGAAUCGGUGCAUUAAAAGGAUAACAGACUUUCUCUCCUAUGAAGAUCUUUUAGGAUACAUACUGUCUGGAUGUGCUUCAUUAUUUAUUGUUAAUACUGCUACGGUGCUUUUGGUCUUUAUAAAACACAGAAGGACUCCUAUAGUUCGUGCCAAUAAUCAGAACAUCAGCUACAUCCUACUUAUGGCUCUUCUGAUGUCCUUCCUUUGUACUUUCAUGUUCAUUGGACAACCUACUGGGGUUACCUGCCUCUUACGGCAAGCCUUGUUUGUGUGUGUCUUCUCUGUUGCUAUUUCUUCAAUUUUAGGAAAAACUAUGACAGUUCUGGUUGCCUUUAAAUCCGCAAAAAUGGCCAACAGAUUCAGGAAAUGGGGAAAAAUUAAUAUUUCCGUGGUUAUUGUCUUUGUUUGCUCUUUUGUUGAACUUGUAAUAUGUGUAAUUUGGUUAACGAUGUCUCCACCAUAUGUAGAGUCAGAUAUCAAAACUACACCAGGAAAAAUUAUUCUACAAUGUAACGAAGGUUCAACCAUAAGUUUCUAUCUGGCAGUUUCAUACAUUGGUGUAUUAUCCCUUAUUAGCUUUGCUGUCGCUUUCAUUGCUCGCAAGUUACCAGACCGUUUCAAUGAGGCGCAGCACAUCACCUUCAGCAUGCUGGUGUUCUGCAGUGUCUGGGCCUCCUUCAUCCCAACAUACCUGAGCACCAAAGGCAAACACAUGGUUGCAGUGGAGAUAUUUGCCAUCCAGGCCUCUGCAGCAGGACUGUUAAUGUGUAUAUUUACUCCAAAAUGCUACAUUAUUUUGCUAAAACCAGAGCUGAAUUGGCAGUUACCAACAGGUCUCCUUAGACCUCCUUGGCAUGAGCCAGCCCACCUUCAGCAGGAUACUAACACAAAUGCUGAAGUAACUUCUGCCACUCUUAUGAAGGCUCAUUUCCUUCCCCUCAACUGA